GGCUUAUCUCUUUGGCACAAGUGCUCCCCUUAAAAUCAUCCAAUAGUCGUUCACUCCUACAUUCUUCAAUCUCACACCAAUCUCUCUUCACUUUCAGUCUCCCUUUUCUUUUCUUUUUUCAGAUUAAUCCCAUUUUUAAUAGAAAAUAAUCAAAAAAAGAACAGCAACCCAAUUUCAGUUUCAGAAUUCCAAGAAACCCGGAGAUCUUCGUAUCUAAUAUAGACUCAUUCCAGUGAACUCUGAAUCCAUUUCCAGAUUCAAGUUCAUUGUGUUCCAAGUUUAAAAGGAGGCAGAUAAAUUUCAUUAAAAAGCAAAAAAAAAAUGAAAGUGGCUGUGAUAGGAAGUGGAAUAAGUGGCCUGGGAAGUGCCUACGUUCUUGCUAACCAAGGAGUCGAAGAACUCGUUUUGUACGAGAAAGAAGAGUCAUUAGGUGGUCAUGCAAAAACGGUGCGUUUUGAUGGCAUUGACUUGGACCUUGGAUUCAUGGUCUUCAAUCGUGUUACAUAUCCAAACAUGAUGGAGUUCUUUGAGAACCUUGGAGUAGAGAUGGAGGUUUCAGACAUGUCUUUUGCAGUAAGCCUUGACAAUGGCAAAGGCUGUGAAUGGGGAAGCCGCAACGGUGUAUCUGGCUUAUUUGCUCAGAAGAAGAAUGCUCUUAACCCUUAUUUCUGGCAGAUGAUCAGAGAGAUUGUGAAGUUUAAGGAUGACGUUUCAAGAUACAUCGAAGAGCUCGAGGCUAACCCUGAUAUCGAUCGAAGUGAAACCUUGGGAGAGUUCCUCAAUGGUCGUGGAUACUCUAAGAUGUUUCAGGAAGCUUACUUGAUUCCGAUAUGUGGCUCAAUAUGGUCAUGUCCAUCAGAUGGUGUCUUAAGCUUCUCUGCUUACUCUGUUCUUUCGUUCUGCUGCAACCACCACCUUCUUCAGAUCUUUGGGAGGCCACAAUGGCUAACUGUUGCAGGGCGUUCUCAGACUUAUGUUGCAAAGGUUAGGGCAGAACUGGAGCGACUAGGAUGCAAGAUCAGAACAAGCUGCGACAUCAAAUCUGUUUUGACAUCUGGUGAUGGUCGUGUCACGGUAACAAGUGGAGAUGGGGCUGAAGAAAUAUUCGAUAGGGUCAUAUUGGCUAUGCAUGCUCCAGAUGCUCUGAGGCUGCUUGGCGAGCAAGUCACAUUUGAUGAAACUAGGGUUCUUGGUGCUUUCCGAUAUGUUUACAGCGAUAUCUAUCUUCAUAAUGACACUGAUCUGAUGCCGCGGAACCAAGCAGCAUGGAGCGCAUGGAAUUUCUUGGGAAGCACGGAAAAGAAAGUAUGUGUAACAUACUGGCUCAACAUACUUCAGAACCUUGGGGAAGACCGUGAACCGUUCUUUGUGACACUAAACCCAGAUCAGACUCCAAAGAAAACAUUGCUCAAAUGGACCACUGGUCAUCCUGUUCCUUCAGUUGCAGCUUGGACAGCUUCACAGGAGCUUCACAAGAUUCAAGGCAAACGUAACAUAUGGUUUUGUGGUGCAUAUCAAGGUUAUGGCUUCCAUGAAGAUGGGCUAAAGGCUGGUAUGGCGGCUGCACGAGGUUUGCUAGGGAAAGAAGCUGCUCUUCUGAAAAAUCCACAGCAUAUGGUUCCUUCUCUAACCGAAGCAGGAGCAAGGCUUUUCGUUACUAGAUUCUUGGGACAGUUCAUAUCAACUGGUUGUGUAACAAUACUAGAAGAAGGAGGAACGAUGUUCAACUUUGAGGGAAAAGAUCCUACUUGUCCUUUGAAAUCUGUCCUCAAGAUUCACAGUCCUCAGUUUUACUGGAAGGUUAUGACACAAGCAGAUUUGGGACUUGCAGACGCUUACAUCAAUGGGGAUUUUUCAUUCGUUGAUAGAGACUCUGGACUUUUGAAUUUCAUUAUGAUUCUCAUUGCUAACAGAGAUCUUACCUCACCAAAGUCAAAUCAUUCUAAGAAGAGGGGAUGGUGGACACCAAUGUUUCUAACUGCCAGUGUAGCAUCUGCAAAGUAUUUUCUAAAGCAUGUCUCUAGACAGAACACUUUAACACAAGCUCGCAGGAACAUUUCUCGUCACUAUGACCUUAGCAACGAGCUUUUCGGUUUAUUCUUGGAUGAUACCAUGACUUACUCCUCUGCAGUAUUCAAGUCUGACGAUGAGGAUCUGAAAGCUGCUCAGAUGAGAAAGAUAUCUCUUCUCAUUGAUAAGGCAAGAGUUGAGAAGCACCAUGAGGUUCUAGAGAUUGGAUGUGGAUGGGGAACUUUGGCCAUUGAGGUUGUGAGAAGAACUGGUUGCAGAUACACUGGCAUCACAUUAUCUAUUGAGCAGCUUAAAUAUGCAGAAGAGAAAGUGAAAGAAGCUGGACUUGAGGACCGGAUCACCUUUAAGCUCUGCGACUAUCGUCAACUAUCCGAGGCUCACAAAUAUGAUAGGAUUAUAUCUUGUGAGAUGCUAGAAGCAGUUGGCCAUGAGUUUAUGGAGAUGUUCUUCAGUCGCUGUGAAGCCGCCCUUGCGGAGAACGGCCUAAUGGUCUUGCAGUUCAUAUCGAUACCAGAAGAGCGUUACAAUGAGUACAGACUAAGCUCAGAUUUCAUUAAGGAAUACAUAUUCCCCGGUGGAUGCCUUCCUUCCUUAGCCAGAGUUACUUCUGCAAUGUCCUCUUCUUCUAGGCUAUGCAUUGAACAUGUUGAGAAUAUUGGAAUUCAUUACUACCAAACACUAAGAAUGUGGAGGAAGAACUUCUUGGAGAGACAAAAGCCAAUCAUGGCUCUAGGAUUUGAUGAUAAGUUCAUAAGGACAUGGGAGUAUUAUUUUGAUUAUUGCGCAGCUGGUUUCAAGACUCUUACCCUUGGAAACUACCAUGUGGUGUUUUCGCGUCCAGGGAACGUAGCUGCAUUCGCUGAUUCAUACAAGGGAUUUCCAUCUGCUUAUUAUGUCGCCUGAGAGCAACAAGAUUACAUUGCUUACUUUUCUAUCUUCUUAUACAAUCAAUUUGAAUAUCUAUGAUUGUUUACUUAUUGUGUUGAAUGUGGAAGUUUGAAUAAAAUAAAAGUUGUUUGCAC